AGUCGCGUCCGGCCCGGGGGAUGAUGGACUUGCUUGCCUGGCUGCUACUGCUGCCGCCGCUGCUGUUGUUGCUGCACCACCGUCCCAGUUCCCACUCCCCUGAUGCCUGGCCCUCGUUAAUAUCAGGUAUCGCCGUCGUUUUAUUUGUUCGGCCUGCCUCCCUGUCCGCCCUGCCCCUUGCCUCCCUGCCUCCCUGCCUGCCCUACCCCAUGCUCCUCCAUAUCGGUAUCGGCAAGGGCGAGGGUGGGAAACAGGCAGACAAGUGGACGGGCAGGCAAGGAGAGGAUAGGGCCGACAGCAAAGAGGCGGCCCUCGUCUCGGCGAGCCGGCAGAGAGGCUGA